GAUAAAAUGUCUCGUCGCGACUCUAGGACACAAUUUGACAAUGAAGAGUAUACUGUCGGUUGGAUUUGUGCCAUAACAACUGAGCACGUCGCCGCGCGAGCUUUCCUUGACGAAGAACAUGCUUUACCACAGUUUGUGUCCCCUCACGAUAACAACAAUUAUACACUAGGCAGGAUUGGAAAACACAAUAUCGUCAUUGCCGUUUUGCCCCAUGGAGAGUAUGGAUUAUCGUCAGCAGCAAGUGUGGCGAGAGAUAUGCUACACAGCUUCCCCAACAUUAGAAUCGGCCUAAUGGUUGGUAUUGGAGGCGGAGCUCCAAGUGAAAAGCAUGACAUCCGCCUGGGUGAUGUGGUUGUUAGUGACCCCCGUAAUGGAGAGAAUGCUGUUUUUCAGUAUGAUUUUGGUAAAACAAUACAAGAGCAAAGCUUUUAUCCAACGGGAAACCUAAACCAGCCUCCACCAGUUCUAAGGUCAGCAGUAAGCGGACUCGAAAGUCAAUAUGAAUUAAACGGGCAUGGUAUUCAAGAGAGCAUUGACAUUAUUCUUGACAAAAACCCAAGACUGAGGAAGAAAUACAAACGACCGGACUUAGAUCGGCUCUAUCAAAGCCAAUUUAUUCACCCUCUAGCUGAGACAAGCUGCGGUAUCAGCUGCGGUAACAGUCCACCAGCUUUAAUUAUCCGUGUGGAACGGGAUAGCGGCGAGGAUAACCCAAUGAUUCACUAUGGCCUGAUUGCUUCAGCAAACCAGUUAAUGAAAGAUGCUGAGAUUAGGGACAUGUUGGCUAUGGAGAAGGAUGUAUUGUGUUUCGAAAUGGAAGCGGCUGGUUUAAUGAAUCAUUUUCCCUGCCUUGUUAUUCGUGGUAUAUGCGAUUAUGCAGAUACACAUAAAAACAAAGAAUGGCAAGGUUACGCAGCAAUGACAGCAGCUGCAUACGCAAAAGAUCUUCUUUCCUUGAUACCUCCAAAUCGAGUCGAGGCCCUAAAAAAGAUG